GCACAAAAGGAUAAAAAAAAAUGGACAAGAAACUGCGAGUCUGCGACACGAGCCGAGCAGGAUGCGUCGAUUUGACCACCGCCUCCUCUUCCUCCUCCCCUCCUCCUGAAUGGCGGCAUCCUCUUCUCCAAAUCUCUCCCCCUCUUUAUUUCCUCCUCCGCCGCCUUCUCGUCUCCUCCCCCUGCUACUCCUCCUACCCGCUCGAAACCCUAACCCUAGCGCAGCCGCUCCCCAUGGCUGCCGACUACCGCACCCCCGACCGCCUCCUGCCCGCCGCCGCCGAGGAGCCAUCCCAGGGCCCGCCCAAGCCGGUGCUUAGCGCCCCCGCCGCUGCGGCCACCCACGACGGCCUCCGCUUCUGGCAGUACAUGCUCGCCGGCUCCGUCGCCGGCGUCGUCGAGCACACGGCGAUGUUCCCCGUCGACACCCUCAAGACCCACAUGCAGGCCACCGCGCCGCCGUGCCGCCCGGCCGUGUCGCUGAGGGCGACCCUGCGCAACGCCAUGGCCGGCGAGGGCGGCGCCCUGGCGCUCUACCGGGGGCUCCCGGCCAUGGCGCUCGGCGCCGGCCCCGCCCACGCCGUCUACUUCUCCGUCUACGAGUUCGCCAAGUCGGCGCUUACCGACCGCCUCGGCCCCAACAACCCCGCGGCGCACGCGGCCUCCGGGGUGCUAGCCACCGUCGCCAGCGACGCGGUCUUCACCCCGAUGGACACAGUCAAGCAGCGGCUGCAGCUCACCAGCAGCCCGUACACGGGCGUCGGGCACUGCGUCCGCACCGUGCUGCGCGACGAGGGGACCGGGGCGUUCUUCGUGUCCUACCGGACCACCGUGGUGAUGAACGCACCCUACACCGCAGUCCACUUCGCCGCCUACGAGGCGGCGAAGCGGAUGCUCGGGGACAUGGCCGCCGACGAGGAGUCGCUCGCUGUUCAUGCCACUGCUGGGGCCGCAGCUGGCGCGCUCGCAGCAGCGAUCACCACGCCGCUCGAUGUGGUCAAGACGCAGCUGCAGUGCCAGGGUGUGUGCGGCUGUGAGCGCUUCUCAAGUAGCUCUAUAAGAGAUGUGUUUAAAACAAUCAUAAAUCGUGAUGGAUAUGCUGGGCUCAUGAGGGGAUGGAAGCCAAGGAUGCUGUUCCAUGCACCCGCAGCUGCGAUCUGCUGGUCCACAUAUGAAGCUUCAAAGUCAUUUUUCGAAAGAUUCAACGAGAAAAGGAGGAAAUAGUCCGGGAAUUUCUUCAAGUCCCAUGUAUUUUUCUUGAAGUCAAUGUACUUCUAUACAGAAGAAUACUUGCUCAGCUGACAGAAAGAUGCAGCGCCAGGAUACAGUUGUUGUGCAAUUGUGCCCCAGAGCGUUCCACGACGAAUUGAGAUGAGCUGCGCCUCAAAAUCUGUCUAACAAGGUCUUUCUGUACCUUGUAUUUCUUUUCAGAUAAGUUGAUGUAUUAUUUUCCAGCCCCGGGUUGAGGUAAUAAGUACUACAAUGAUAUUUUUGUCCCCAAGUUCGAUCAGAAUCACUCAGCAAAGUUGUAUAUGUAUGGCCUCUUGCCUUGUGCCAGAUUAUUGAUAAUGCAAGCUAAAGAGGCUUCGGUUUUCUUACCA